AUGCCCUGCUUCAAGGGCAUCGCGGUGAGCAUCCAUGCCAAUGGAGCGCCGCUGCCCGAAUACGGCGUGCAGAAACAAUCCCGCGUCUCUCGCAUCAACACGUACAUUCCAGUCCCGCAGCCAUCGCUGAGCGGCGAGUCCAACAAGCCGGAGCCCGCCAAGUUCGCCAUUUCGAUUACCCUGCUUACUCCCGGCCUCGCGAUACCCUACUCGGCUCCCAAGCCGAGCCCGACGAACCCCUUCCCGAAGCCUCAAUUGGUUGGGCCCCUGCCGUCGAGCACGGGCGAGCGCGGCAAGUAUCAUGGCGUCGUCACGCCAUACAUCCCCAUGACCAACAGCGAGAACGAGACCAUCGCCGCCUAUAUAUACUUUGACGGAAGAGCCAAGGAAGAGGUGGCCACGCUGUUGCGUCCUGGUGAGGAGACAUGGGUCAAUAGUCGAUGGGUGCAGGUGCCCGACUCCGAGGGCGGCGGCCUUGCCGAGCGCGAGUUCCUCUUUCGCGAGGUCGGCCUCGAGCGGUGGCUGAAUGGUCUCGACCUAAAGGGUCACGACGCCGCAGAGAAACUGGAGCGCCGAAGGCAAAAGUUUGAGAAGCGUCGGAGAAGGCAAAAGUCGCAUUCGGAGGACGGCGCCAGCAUGGACAUUGAAGGCUCGAGCAAGCCGCGGAGCACUCUGAGGUACAACGCGGACGAGAGCUCGCCCGUUGAGGCCGUCUUUGACGAGGACUCUAUUUCUUCCUCGGACGACGACGAACCGCCCGAGGCGACGGGCCAGAUCAAGGUCGCCAUGUUCCGCGUGAUUGCCUCGGGCGAGAUCAAAAAGGGCGAGUACUCGCCCCAGUUCGACGCUCACGACGAUUCUUCCGAAGACGAGGGCAAGGGGGGUAACAGCGGGAUCGACGCCGACGUGGAGCAUACCACGAGCUUUGCGAAACCGAAGACGCUAGAUCCGAAGACGAUCAGCACUCAAACAGUGACGGGCAUCGACGGGCCGGACAAGCCGUAUGCUGUGUUUACCUUCUUUUACCGCGGCGAGCGCCAACUCCAAAAGAUGGGCGUUAUGCCGCCCCCGAAGUCGCAGACAACAUCCCCCGUUCUCAAGCGGCGGUCAGGACAAAUCGAUUUUUCAAAUCUCGGCCCUCUCAAGACGAGCGGCACAGUGGGAUUCUCGACGUUCCGGGACAGGGAGAGCCAGCCGACGGGGAGGAGGCGGACACGCAAGAGCAACGGCGCCGCGGGGAACAGCGCCAUGGACGCUGAUAGCGAAGAGGAGGACGACGAAGACAGCCGCGAGAUCUUGAGCAAAAUUGAGGACGUGGACAGUAAGGAUGACAAGUCCAAACUCGGGCCCGACGACGCAAAGUUCUCUGGCGAGCUCGCUGACGGCGUGAAUCGCAUUCGGCUCAAGCGAGCCCACUCUGCCGAACCCGAUAGCGCCUCCAGCCCGCGAAAGUCCCCAAGCGCCGGUGUCUCUACACCGCCCGAAACCUCUGUAGCCGGCAGCGGUUUCGCCCCGCUGGGUGGCGCGGCCGGCAUCUUUGGCAAGAACCUGGCAGACGACACCACCGCCAACCUCGUAGGAAGCCCCCUCAAAAAGGCACGCCCUAGCCUGGGUGCUGAUGCGAGUGUCGGUGGAGGCGGAAGCGAUAUCGCAGGCACCUCCUCCCCUGCUGUCGGUGGCAGCUCCUUCCCCCCCGCGCUCGGCGAUAUACUCGCCAAGGCUCAGGCUGCUCAGACAGGCCAGGAUCAAGACGGGCUUGUUGGGGCGGCGCCGCAGGGGAUGAAGAUGGAGGAGGAAGAAGAGUUAUAA